AUGGCGUUAGCUGCUCUGAAACUAACUGGAUUGGCUGACAGCAGAAGAUCGUGGGAAUGCAUCAGCCAACUGAAUGCAAUCCUUUGUGAAAACAGAAACAAAACCUUUGAAUACAUUCAGGAGCACUGGGAUGAGGACGAGUCCUUUGGCUAACAGUUUCUAAAUGGCCUCAACCCCAUGAUGAUCCAGCGCUGCUCAAAGCUGCCCGAGAAUUUCCCCGUCACAGACGACAUGGUCAAAGACUCCCUAAGAGGGAGCAGCUUGGAGCAGGAGAUGAAGAAAGGGAACAUCUUCCUGUCUGACUACAAGAUGUUGGAUGAGCUGGUGGGAAAUGUAGUCAGUGGCAGGCAGCAGUAUCUCACGGCUCCCCUGGUCCUGCUGUACUGUAACCCCCAUGGCAUGAUGCUGCCCAUCGCCAUUCAGUUAAGGCAAAAACCCAGCAAAGAGAAUCCCAUCUUCCUCCCAACGGAUUCGAAGGCCGACUGGAAACUGGCCAAGUUCUUCGUCCGAAAUGCAGAGUUUGCCGUUCAUGAGGUUGACUUUCACCUGCUGAGAACUCACCUGCUGGCAGAGGUGUUCACUGUGGCGACGUUGCGCAAUCUUCCCUCUCCACACCCUCUCUACAAGCUCCUCUUUCCCCAUAUCCGAUACACGCUCCAGAUCAACAUCAUGGCCCGGAAUCAGCUGAUAUCCAAGAAUGGGGCCAUUACCAUGUAUGCAGGAGUAGGUGGAGAGUCAUUGGAAAAGUUGCUGAAGCGUGCUACCGCCUCCCUGACCUACAGCGCCCUCUGUCUUCCUGAUAACAUCUCUGAGAGAGGCCUGGAGAAUGUACCCCACUACUACUACAGAGAUGAUGGGAUGAAACUGUGGAACAUCAUCAACAAGUUUGUUGGGGCUUUCUUGUUAUACUACUAUCAAUGUGAUACACACGUGCAGAAGGACACAGAGCUGCAGGAUUGGAUCAGGGAGAUAUUCACCAAUGGAUUCCUGGGAAGAGAUGGCUCAGGAAUGCCAUCAUAUUUUCAGACUGUGACAGAGCUCGUCAAGUUUGUCACCAUGGUGAUCUUCACUGCAUCAGCCCAACAUGCCGCUGUAAACAAUGGACAGUUUGACUUUGGUGGAUGGAUGCCUAACUACCCCACUGCCCUCAGAAAGCCCCCUCCCAAGGAGAAAGGUCACACCACUGAGGACACGAUCCUGGAGACCCUUCCUGAUGUGAGCACGACAGUGAAUGGGAUGGCUGUCCUGAGACUGCUGAGCAAGGAUUCUGCAGACCAUUACCCUCUGGGCCAUUUCCCAGAAAAUCUGUAUGAUGAAGACGUCCCCUGCAAGUUCAUUGAAGAGUUUCAGAAGGAUCUGAGGGAGUUGUCAGAUCUCAUCGAGGAACGGAACAAGAAGUUGGAGCUUCCCUACACCUAUCUGAACCCCAAAAAUGUGGACAACAGUGUAGCCAUUUGAAAGGAGACAGUAGUCCUUCUUAAUACAUUUGUCUUUCUAUUAAUAGCUUUGUCAAU